AUGUCAAACCUGGAAGAGCAUGACAUGGACUUUUACCAAUCUAAUUAUGUCAUUGAUAAUCAGGAGCAAAGUUGUAAUGAUUCUAUUGCUUAUGGAAUUUUUUAUGGAUCUAGAGAAACACAAGCCACUGAGCAGCAGCAUCCUUCCUCUUCUGCUCCUCCAGAGAUGUUCCUGCCAUCAAGUUAUGCAGGGCAGAUCUUCCAGCCAGCAUCUAACUCAGACUAUUAUCCACAAUUUCCUUCAGAUGAUGGUUUUGAUGGAGAGCGUCCUUUGCUAGAAGAACUUGGAAUUAAUUUUGAUCACAUAUGGCAGAAAACAUUGACAGUGCUAAACCCGAUGAAGCCAGCAGAUGGCAGCAUCAUGAACGAAACAGAUCUCACAGGACCCAUUCUUUUCUGUGUGGCCCUGGGAGCCACGCUGCUUAUGGCAGGAAAAGCCCAAUUUGGUUACAUAUAUGGCAUGAGUGCCAUUGGCUGCCUGGGGAUUCACACCUUACUAAACUUGAUGAGUUCUGCAGGAGUGUCAUAUGGCUGUGUGGCCAGUGUACUGGGCUACUGUUUGCUGCCCAUGGUCAUCUUGUCAAGCUGUGCCAUCUUCUUUUCAUUUCAGGGCACCCUUGGAACUGUGUCAGCCCUGCUCAUCAUCACCUGGUGCAGUCUCUCAGCUUCUAAGAUCUUCAUUUCAGCCUUGGCGAUGGAAGGACAACAGCUUCUUGUUGCUUAUCCCUGUGCCUUAUUUUAUGGGUUGUUUGCCCUUUUGACGGUUUUCUGAAGACUGUCUGAUGUGGCUUUACUACAUCCCAC